GCCGUGCGGGAGAGGAGAGCGCCGGGGCGGGCGGCGAUGGUGCUGCAUGCUGACGGCCGCCCCGCGCUCCUCCAUAGGCGGCGGCCACGGAGGUCCUGAGGCGGCGGUGAGCGGGGCCGGGGGGCGGCGAGGCCGGGCACGUCGCUGCGGUGCGCGGGGAGGGGGAGAGACCGGGCCGGGAGCGCGGAGGAUGGAGGGGCCUCCGGAUCUCCACCGGGCCGGUACGGAGCGGGCGGAGCUGGGGGCCCGGGGCCGCCCGAGAGAAGGGCUCGCAGCCUCUCGCAGCGGGACGCUUUCACGCUUUCUGAACUCCUUCUGGUCGGUGAUGAGAACCAGCGUGGGUUUCGCCGGGUUUUUAUCUCCAGCAAUCGACACCUCCGCAAAGUGCGGGGUGAUUUCUCUCCUGUUGGAGGUUGUGUCACUCUCUCGAAAUUGCACGUUGAGAGCAACAAAGGCGGCGACUUCUUAGGAGCCGCCGGGAGCUGCUCGGUUCCCCUCCUGGGUAGUGGGGAAACGACUGGAACCGGUUUGCUUCCGUGGGUGCGAUGCGAAGUGGAUGUGAGACGUGAAACUGCGGGGUUGGGUGCGGGUAUCUGUGGGGUUGGGCGUGGGGAUCUGCGUGGGAGGAGAGAGCCUGAGCGUGGGGCUGGGAAGGAGCGUGAUGGGGUCCUGCCGCCUCUCCGGCGGGAUGGAAUGUGUUUGGUGAGAUGAGGUCCAAGGACCGGGCUGCUCCUGGGGGCUGAGCCUGUCGUGCUCAGGUUGUGCCCCUCCUGCCUGCACCUGUCUGCCAUAAUGUGACCCCAGUUACAGCAUCACAGAAUUAUAGGGGUCAGAAGGGACACCUAGAGAUCACUGAGUCCAACCCCCCUGCCGAAGCAGGCUCCCUACAGCAGGUUGCACAGGUGGGCAUCCAGGCGGGACUUGAACGUCUCCAGAGAAGUUAGCUCUCAAGAGUUGGAUUCAGCUGGGACAAAAGCACAGCUGGGAGAACAUUAGCAGUGGGUUGGUUCUUGUGCAAGAAAUACUGAUGAGGAAAGAGUCAAUCUGCUCUUAGAUCUUUUGUUUGGCAGUAUGUUACAGUGUUACAGCAGAUUCUGCCACCACUCCUCUUGCUAUCAGACACACCUGUCUGUGCAGCUUGUACACCGGGUGUUUGUGCUUCAUCGGAAGAACCUCUCCUCCCAUCAACAAGAAUGUCCAUCUAGUGCAGCCCUUAAAUGUAAGCAGUAUAAUCAUAGAGUCAUUGAGAUUGGAAAAGGACACUAAGACCAUGAAGUCCAACCAUCCCUACCAUGCCCACUAACCAUGUCCCUCAGUGCCACAUCCACACAGUUCUUGAACACUUCCAGGGAUGGUGACUCCGCCACCUCCCUGGGCAGCCCAUUCCAAUACCUUACUGCUCUUUCUAAGAUGUUCUUCCUAACCCUAAUCCAACCUGAACCUCCCCUAGCACAACUUAAAGCCAUUCCCUCUCAUCCUAUUGCUGUUACCUGGGAGAGGAGUCUGACUCUCACCUCUCCACAGCCUCCCUUCAGGGCAUUGUAGAGAGCAAUAAGGUCUCCCAUGAGCUUUGGGGACUGAUUCUUGCAAUGUGCCUCUGCGUGGCAGUUCAGGCCAACAACAAUCCAAGGCACUGGAGAGUUUGCAUUCACGUUUCAGCUUCUCUAGAAUGAGCUGCGGUUUUUUUAGUUAAAGGUAUUGCAUUUGCCAGUUCAGUGGGAAGGAAGGUGUUGUGUUUGACCACUUUGCUUUGCUGUUUUUACUUUAAAGUGGGAUUUGUCAGCCAAGCGGUUCCUGUAAGUAUGGGUUAAGUACAGCAUUGAAGGGCUGCAAGUUGAAAUGCAGUCUUUAUCUGUUUGCUUCCUAGGGAGUUCAGCAAAGCAAGGAUGUUAACGUUCACAUGUGGAACAAGAGACAGUUCUGACAUAAACUGGCACACAGCUAUUUUCCUCUCAAAUGAAUGUGGGUCUGAGCAAUAAUAAUUAGCAGUUUGGUAGCACAGUAAAUCUUUCAAGUGCCUUCAAAUCAUAAUCAGCCAACCCUAAUAGCACGCUGCUCCUGCAGGAGAGGUAAUUAGACAGAUAAAAUGAGACUGGGCAGCCUCUGAAACAGAGCUGAUUGUUGAAGUGACAGUCACCAAAACAAAGCUCUGCUUUAUCACUGAACCUCUGAGAGCUGCUGUACAUUAAACACUGCCUCAAAUAUUUGUAUGUUGAAAUAGUGACCAAUAAGGCCCAGAGGGGCCUGGCUGCUACAGGCACCCUUGUUGGAGCUCUCUACAGUUAGGGGACCUUGGUCUGGAGAGUCUCUGGUGGUUGUUCCGCAGCACCUAUCAGAACAUAAUAGUUUGGGCAGGUGUGGCAUCAGCUCCUUGGGGGAAAUGGUUUUCACUGGAAGAGCCUUCCAGUUUACUCAUGUAACAAGCCUAGAACUUUAUGCUGUUGAUGGUACUCUAAAACUGAAAGUGAUUUCACCAGCACAUUGUUAAGCCUGGGAACACGUAAGCAUUGGUCUGCCUGCCACGUUUUAGACAUUGUAGAGAAAAUGUUGUUUAACAGUUUUGUAGUUUUAAAAUGAACCAGUCGGUGAACCAGAGUUCUGGGAUAGCAUGUCACGGUGCAGGGAAUAUCUGUAAGCGGUUGCCCUGAGCUGUCGCAUUCCGUGGGACAAGCGUGGAUGGAAAGCCAUGAAUACCAGAAUAAGUUAAUGUUGUGUGUCGCCAGUUAGCUGUUAAUGAAAUCUGUGCAUCUGUAAAGUAGGGUGGAACUCCUGAAAGAAGUGGUUCCCAGCCCCACCUCCUCCUCAGGUGCAGAGGAGGAAGCUGACGCUUAUGGAUGGGAAGGGCUGGAGAAGACUCUUUGGUGCUGUUUUUGUUUUGUCCAGGUUUCUCUUUCUACUAUGCCACUUAAAUACGUGGUGAGCAGGUAGGCAUAUUCCUUGUGCAUCAUUAUCUAUUAAAAUGCCUUCAUAAAAGGCAAUUGAGUGCCUGCCUUGGGACAAUGAUAUGUCCUGUGAAUUUGAAAUCCAAUUGCCAGGAUAGGGAUCUGCUAUGCUUAGCUUAUGAAACUUCUUAGGAGGAAUAACAGGUGAGAAAACUUUGUUCUCAGGGUUUCAUCUGUUGUUCCUCAUCUUUUAUGUGUAAAUUUACAACGUCAUGUCAGCACACCACAGAAAUUCAGUGAGAAAUAAUUGGAGGACUACAGGAGACAUAGUGUUAAAGCUGCCGAUAUUUGAUUGCUGAUAUUUGAAGGCUAUACUUUUUCAGGUCAUUCAGUGUCAUUAAGGGUUUGUAGAUGAUACUGUAAUGUCAGGUUUAAUACUGGAUGUUGUGUCAGCGCAUUGUUCCUGUUGGAACCAGUUUAUAGUCAGAUGAGUGAGGAAGGAGGUAAAGCUGCCCUCCCCUUUCCAAGUGCCCCAUUUCCAAGCUAGAAGUGAAGCACAGAGGGAGAAAUGUGGAAACAGUGAAAAGAUAACAUGCAUGUGUCACUGGCUGAGGCUCUGGAGGUUCGGGGAGGGCCACUGCAAGAAGAAGAGAUAUGGGCUAUUUUGAAUCAAAGCGCAGAGAGCCUUCAAGAGCUCUUCAGAAAGGCUGAUCCUGCUGCCCUGGGAUUCAUCAUUUCUCCGUGGUCUCUCCUCUUGCUUCCAUCCGGCAGUGUAUCAUUUACUGAUGACAAUGUUUCCCACCAAGACCUGCGGGCAUUCACAGCACCAGAGGUUCUACAGAACCAGUCCCUGUCAUCUCUCUCAGAUGUUGAGAAGGUCCAUAUUUAUUCUCUUGGUAUGACGCUCUUCUGGGGAGCUGACCAUGAAGUUCCUCAAAGCCAACCUAUCAAGCUUGGAGAUCAUCUCAACAGCAUCCUCCUUGGUAUGUGUGAAGACGUCAUUUAUGCCCGAGUAUCUGUACGGACCGUUCUGGAUGCCUGCAGUGCUCACGUCAGGAACAGUAACUGUGCCCCAUCUUUUUCAUAUGUGAAGCAGUUAGUAAGACUGGUCUUGGGAAGCCUGUCUGGGAUGGAUCAGCUUUCUUGCAAUGGAGAUAAAAAAUUGCAGCCAGACAGGAGCCAGGCAAUUCGGGAGAGGCUGAGGGGAAAAGGACUGCCCACAGGAAAAGCCUCAGUGGUUGAUGCACGUGACGAACACAAGACUAAUUUCUCUCAACAGACAAUGCUUAACAAAGGGCUUAGCAAGUCGAUGGGAUUUCUGGCCAUGAGAGGAACACAAGGCGAAGAGGAAUUUUUCCAGGGCAUUUCUUCAGAUUACAACUCAGGACAGGAAGAUUCUUUCUAUCCUUACAGAUGUAAAACCAAUGAGUUUGAAAACAAAGGUCACCUCCAUACAGAUGCAGCUCCCAAGCGGAAGGUAUGGGCUUCCUCCACAGACUUGCUUUGCACGACCAACAGAGCAACUGAAAGGGACCAUGCUUCAGACUCUCACAGGCACAGUCAUCAGUGUGAGACCUUCGCGGUACGGACUUCUACUAUGACCAGAAACAAAGAGGCUAGAUACUCUGAUGGGAGCAUAGCACUGGAUAUCUUUGGACCUCAGAAAGUGGACCAAACGUGCCACGUGCCUGAGACAUCAACUUCUGCAGCAAUAUCGAGUGCCUUUGACAGGAUAAGGGAGAGACAGAAGAAGUUGCAGCUCCUGAGGGAAGCCAUGAGUGUAGAAGAGCCUCUGAGAAGGUACAAAUCAUACCACAGCGAUGUUUACAGUACUUCGAGUGAAAGUCCAUCCAUUAUUUCUUCAGAAGCAGAUUUCAGGCAAGUGAGAAGAAAUGAAGGAUUCAAGAGAGAUGAUGCCAGUGGUGCUUUGCCAGGUGCUGAUGAUAUCUCCACAUCAAGUCAAGCUCAUUCUCAGAGGGCAAGCAGGCAGCAUGAAGCACCAUUUGAAGGCAAUCUCGUCAGUCAAGAAGCAAUGCUAAAGCGCCAGGAAGAAGAAAUGCUACAGCUGCAGGCUCGCAUGGCUCUCAGGCAGUCCCGGCCCAACCUCUACUCUGGAGAUGCAAUCCGGUCCUCUAUGCUGGAUAUCACAAGAGAUCCACUCAGAGAAAUAGCCCUGGAAACAGCCAUGACUCAAAGGAAACUGAGGAAUUUCUUUGGCCCUGAGUUUGUGAAAAUGACGAUUGAACCAUUCGUCUCCUUGGAUCUGCCAAAGUCUAUCUUGACGAAGAAAGGGAAGAAUGAUGAUACAAGGAGGAAAGUCAGUGUGAUGCUUCUAAGUGGACAGAAGCUGGAGCUGACCUGUGACACCAAAACAGUUUGCAAAGAUGUCUUUGAUAUGGUUGUUGCCCAUAUUGGCUUAGUGGAGCAUCACUUAUUUGGACUGGCUAGUUUAAGAGACAAUGAAUUUUUCUUCGUUGAUCCUGACAUAAAGCUGAGCAAAGUAGCUCCAGAAGGAUGGAAAGAAGAGUCGAAGAAAAAGAACAAGCCCCCUGUCAACUUCACGCUGUUUUUUCGCAUCAAGUUUUUUGUGGAUGAUGUCAGUCUUAUACAGCAUACUCUCACUUGUCACCAGUAUUACCUGCAGCUGCGGAAGGAUAUCCUGGAAGACAGGAUGCACUGUGAUGAUGAGACAGCCUUAUUGUUAGCAUCCCUGGCUCUUCAAGCUGAGUAUGGAGAUUACCAGGCAGAGGUGCACGGCAUGUCGUAUUUCAGACUAGAACACUAUGUCCCAGCUAGAGUGAUGGAGAAACUGGAUACAUCCUACAUCAAGGAAGAGUUGCCAAAGUUGCAUAGCACUUACGUGGGUGCUUCUGAAAAAGAGAUAGAAUUAGAAUUCUUGAAGCUGUGUCAGAGGCUCACAGAGUAUGGCGUUCACCUUCAUCACGUGUUACCUGAGAAGAGAUCCCAGACAGGCAUCCUGCUGGGGGUGUGCUCCAGAGGAGUCGUUAUCUUCGAGGUUCACAAUGGUGCCCGCACUCCUGUGCUGCGCUUCCCAUGGAGAGAGACAAAAAAAAUUUCCUUCAGUAAGAAGAAAAUAACGUUGCAAAACACAUCGGAUGGUAUCAAGCAUUCCUUUCAGACUGACAACAGUAAAACCUGUCAGUACCUUUUGCAUCUCUGCUCUUCCCAACAUAAGUUCCAGCUGCAGAUGAGAACCAGGCAGAGCAACCAGGACACUCAGGACAUUGAGCGAGCUUCCUUUAGGAGCCUGAACAUCCAUGCGGAGUCAGUGAAAGGCUUUGGCAUGGGGCGGGCCAUCAGCACGGGCAGCCUGGCCAGCAGCACACUGAACCGCCUUGCAGUGCGCCCUCUAUCUGUGCAGGCGGAGAUCCUGAAGCGACUAUCCUGCUCUGAGCUCUCGCUCUUCCAACCACCCCCUGGCUCUUCAAAGGACAAGAAUGUAAAGACUUCGUGGGAGGAAAGACCCAGGGUGAUUAGCAAAUCGUUCCAUGAUCUGAGCCAGAGCCAUAUCUCAGUUUACCCUCCGAGGAAGAAUGUUAUCUCAGCUUUGGACUCUUCCUCCCAGAAAAUAGAGGACUUAAUGGGAAGGGUCUUUCAGCGAAUGCCAAAAUUUGAUACUGGAUCAGCAGCAGGAGCAUUAAAACUGAACAAUUCAAAAUCUCAUGCAGGUUUAAGUAGAAGUCCUGAAAGAAAGAAAAAUGAAUCGGACUCAUCAUCCAUGGAAGAUACCGGGCAAGCCUAUGUUGUAGGUGUUAGCAUGAGUAGCUCUGGAAAUCUUCCAUCAUCAACACCAUUAAAAGAGAGCAGUGACUCUCUGCAAACAACACAGAGCAGAGUUUCCUCACCAGAAAGAGAGAUCACUUUGGUGAACCUGAAAAAGGAUGAAAAAAUGGGCUUGGGCUUUCAGAUAGUUGGUGGAGAGAAGACGGGAAAACUUGAUCUGGGAAUUUUCAUUCACUCAGUUACUCCUGGAGGGCCAGCUGAUGUGGAAGGAUCUCUGAAACCAGGACACCGACUGAUAUCUGUGAACAGCACAAGUUUGGAGGGCGUCAGCCACCACACAGCAUUAGAGAUUAUAGAGGAUGCACCUGAGGAUGUAACGCUCGUUAUCUCUCAGCCCAAGGAAAAGCCAUCCAAAGCAUCGUGCAGCACCUCACACCUCACUAAUGGAACCAGGACCUAUGUAAGAAGACCAUCAUCAGUGCAGGACAAUGAAGCAGAGUCCUCUUCGGAGGAGCCUAGCAGGUCCCGUGCUCAUCAGAGAGCUGUUACAGGCAGUGUAUCUGCCUUGUCAGGAGGCAGGCGGGAUGGGAGUGUGAGCUCCCAGGACUCCAGGACUGAGAGUGCCAGCCUGUCCCAGAGCCAGACAGCCAGCUGCUUUGGCAGACGUGCUAGUGGCAGAUCCCAGCAAGAUCCGCAGAAGUACUCUGACUCCCAGUCCGGGGUUUUGAAAACUAAUGAGAAGAGAAGGUCGUCAUCGGACAGUACUCGAGCCAAAAUGAAAAGGUCGGGAGUUGUGGAGUCCGUGGAGUAUUCUGACCGAGGAGAUUCUGACAUGGAUGAAGCAACUUACUCCAGCAGUCAGGAGCAGCAGGUUGCUCAAAAGGAAUCUUCCUCAACAAAUACAGCCGACAAAAUGAAUUCUAAAAAGGUUUCUGCAGAACUUCUUAAACCUGGAGAUAUCUUUGAGGUUGAACUAGCCAAAAAAGAUAACGGCUUGGGAAUAAGUGUCACGGUACUGUUUGACAAGGGUGGUGUAAACACAAGUAUAAAGCACGGUGGUAUUUAUGUGAAAGCAGUUAUUCCAAAAGGAGCAGCUGAAGAAGAUGGCAAAAUAGAAAAAGGUGACCGUGUGCUUUCUGUCAACGGGGUUAGUUUGGAAGGUGCUACUCAUAAACAAGCUGUGGAAAUGCUGAGAAACACUGGGCAGGUGGUGCAUCUGCUGUUGGAAAAAGGACAGCUUUCGGUGACAAAGGCUCAUGCUCCAGUAACACCACAGUGCACGCCUCCGAAUCUGGCGGGGCCAUGUGAGCCUCAGGAGAAACCAGCAAUAAGAGCUACAAACACCAAAGACUACAGCUUUGUCACUGCAGAGAACACAUUUGAGGUAAAGCUGCUGAAGAACAGCUCAGGUCUCGGGUUCAGCUUCUGCCGUGAGGAUAAUCCUACUCCGGAGCAGCUGGGCUCAACCAUUGUGAGGGUGAAGAAGCUCUUCCCUGGGCAACCUGCUGCAGAGAGUGGGCAGAUAGACAUUGGGGACGUCAUUCUCAAAGUGAAUGGGGCAUCGCUCAAGGGUUUAUCCCAGCAGGAAGUCAUCUCUGCACUGAGGGGAACGUCUCCAGAAGUCUCUCUUCUCCUUUGUCGGCCACCGCCUGGUAUACUGCCAGACAUCGAUCCUGCUUUGUUGACUCCCAUCACUUCACCCCUACAAGUGUUUCCAGAUGUCAACAGAGAAGUUUCUGGUCCAUCAAAGGAAGAACAGGGUGACAGCUCAGAUGAAAAUGAAACCACUGAUUUGAGCAAGAGAAGACUGAAGUCUCCCUCUAGGAGAGACAGCUACAGUGACAGCAGCAGGAGUGGCGAUGAGGAGACGAUGGACUCACUGGCACAGUUGGGCCAGAGCUGGAAUUCUGCCCUCUGCCAGCCUCCAGAUGAAGCUGUGACACAGGCACACAGCCAGCACGAGGCACACAGUGCUCAGGGCGGUGCUCUUCGCACCAUCUUGUAUUCUGCGCGUGAGACUCCUAGCAGGUCAGAGCUUGAGGACAGCACUCUGCUGUUGGAUUUGACGUCAAUCCCACCCUGUAGAACCAUUCCUGAAGUUACCACAUCUGCUUUAAUAAACAGCUGUUAUGCUACUUCUGAGCUGCCUCCACGCCUGGAAGGAGUGGCCUCACUACUCAGCCAGCUGGAAAAAAGUGCUGAAGAAUAUGAACCGGAAGUAGAACUCCAGGUCACCAUGACCAAGUCUGAAAAGGGCAGCCUGGGCUUUACAGUGACCAAAGGGAACGAUAACGUGGGCUGCUACAUUCAUGACAUUGUUCAGGAUCCUGCCAAAAGUGAUGGGAGACUGCGACCUGGGGAUCGACUCAUAAAAGUGAACGACAUUGAUGUCACCAACAUGAGUCAUACAGAUGCAGUCAGCUUUCUCCGUGCUGCCCCAAAGACUGUCAGAUUGGUUCUAGGACGUGUGUUGGAGUUACCCAAGAUGCCAGUAUUACCUCACUUGCUGCCUGAUAUUACGCUAACGUGCCAUAAAGAGGAGCUAGGGCUGUUGUUAGCAGGAGGUCAUGACAGCAUUUACCAAGUUGUGUAUAUCAGUGACAUUCUCCCCAGAUCAGCUGCCGCCAGAGAGGAGAGUCUCCGUGCACUAGAUAUUAUCCAUUACAUUAAUGGGGUCAGCACACAAGGAAUGACACUGAAAGAAGCCAAAAGAACAUUGGAAACAUCCCUUCCUUGGGUCGUGCUCAAAGUGACCAGAGAUGGUCAUCCAGUACAUCCAAAACCCAGGAGCCCAGAUAGCUCAGAUUCAUGGUCAAAGAAAGCUAAUGGUUGCUCACAUGGUGAUCCCUGUGAUAAAACUGAAAAGACAACUGAUGCCUAUGGGCCCAAGGUCAAUGGCAACAGCAUCAUAGGACCUUCUCAUGCAAACACAGAAAAUAAUAUCCAUCAUACAAAGGGACAAAUGAAUCUCACGGGGUCUGGAGACGCCCCUUCGCUUGGCUUUGCUGCUCCGAUAUCAGAUGUUUCUAAACACAGUGACAAAUCAGAAGCAGAGGUUCCAGAUGAUGAAUAUUACGAUGAAGAUGAUCACAAUGAUGUAGUCCAGUAUCUGUUGGAUGUUGUAGAUGAGGAAGCCCAGAACCUCUUAAAUCGUAACAAUGCAACAUCAGAAGCCCAGAGCCUUCUGCACAUCAAGAAGGCCACAUCAGAAGAUCAUCUGCCAGUGGAGAUGAAUGGGAAACUGGCAGAAGAUAAGUCUGAAGACACAGACUGUGAUGGCUCAUCUUUACCUGAAGAUUUUUCAGAGCCCAUGCACAUAAAUGGUUGUGAAGACCAUGGUGAGGAAGGAGCUAUGCCAGAAAGAUCUCCUCCACAGCCUCCCUCGAGUCAAGCAGAUGAAGAUGAAAUCACGUGGGGAAGUGAUGAAUUGCCAAUUGAAUCAAUCAGCCAGGAACGUGUAAAUAAAGAUCUCCCUCUGGUGACAAACGAAGAGAUCUCCAUGCUCCGUGCUGUGAGCGUGCUCCCUGGCGGCAAGUACUGCGGAACAAAGCUGAAAGCGGCCAUCAGGGUACUGCGGGGACUGCUGGAACAGGGGGUUCCUUCCAAAGAGAUCGAAAAUCUUCAAGAGUUAAAACCAUUGGAUCAGUGUUUGAUUGGACAAGCAAAGGAGAACAGGAGGAAGAACAGAUACAAAAACAUCCUCCCUUAUGAUACCACCAGAGUUCCUCUUGGCAGUGAAGGUGGAUACAUCAACGCCAGCUUCAUUCGCAUGCCAGUGGGGAAUGAGGAGUUUGUCUACAUCGCUUGUCAAGGACCUCUCCCCACUACUGUAGCAGACUUCUGGCAGAUGGUUUGGGAGCAAAACUGUACUGUGAUCGCCAUGAUGACUCAGGAGGUUGAAGGAGAGAAGAUAAAAUGCCAGCGUUACUGGCCAGAUGUGCUCCAUAAAACCACCAUGAUAACAGACAGACUGCGGCUGGCUCUUGUAAGGUUUCAGCAGCUGAAGGGCUUCAUCAUCAGAGUGCUGGAGCUAGAAGAGAUCCAGACAGGUGAAGUACGGCAGAUUUCCCACCUGAAUUUCACCGCCUGGCCUGACCAUGACACCCCUUCUCAGCCAGAUGACCUGCUGACGUUCAUCUCCUACAUGCGGCACGUCCACAGAUCGGGACCCAUCGUAACACACUGCAGUGCGGGCAUUGGCCGCUCAGGGACCCUGAUUUGUAUCGACGUAGUUCUGGGGCUCAUCAGCAGAGACCUUGAUUUCGACAUCUCGGACCUGGUGCGCACAAUGCGUCUGCAGCGGCAUGGGAUGGUGCAGACUGAGGAUCAGUACAUCUUCUGCUAUCAAGUUGUCCUGUAUGUCCUGAAUCAUCUCCAGCACGAAGAAGAGAGGCAAAUAAAAUCCUGAACUGGAAGUGCUUUUAAAAUAAGGAAGUGAGGAGACCUGAAGGCUCUCACCCGUUCUUUGCUAUCAAAGUCCUUUUCUUCAGCUGCUGUCAAAUGUUUUCUCUGUCUAUCUCUGUGUGUCACUGCAGAUAAGGUACAUAGUGCACGGACAAAGGAGAGCUCAUACCGUACCACUGGUGUCUUCAGCCCGUGGACACAGCUGUGAGAUAUUUGUAUAACAGUAAAUAAUAUUUAAUAAAGCUGCAUUUUUUUGCAGCUUCCUUAAUACGUGAUUCAGCACUCAAAUAAAAAUAUUUUAAUGAAAAAAAAUAAAAGAAAAGUCAUGUUAAAAUACUCCUGCAGCUCUGCAGCUGCUCUGGAGUAUUUGUUUUGUAGGGGGUGGGAUAAAGCAGUAUUUUUGUCCUGGCAAACUUCAUUACCAUGCCAUUUUAAUGGUCUCUUCUAAAAGCUUGUGUAUGGCAACCGAAGGUUUUGGCCUUUUAGUACAGUUGGAGCUAUUUUAUAGAGGGUAUCUUAAAUCAGUAUUUAAGCUUUAAGAGCUGCCUGUUAGUGUAAGGAUAGUGGUGACUGUUUACUGUAAGUAUCGCAGUUAACAAUGUUUACUUGAUAGAGUUCCAUGUAUAUAUUUAUAUACUUUUACAAAAAAAAAAAAAGAAGUUGAAUUAUCAGAUGUCUAACUUUAUAACUUAUUAGGCAUCUCUACUCUGUAAAUAAAAAUACACUUAAAAUGCA